UAAUCUAAAGCGCACGCUCAAAGAACAAGUCGUGUAAAAAGCGCACAAAUGAUAAAUCGCACCGCGGGUCAACUAUUUGAACUAGAAUUCGCUCCGAUUCCUCGUUAAUGGAAAAAGGACCAAUUUGUGUACAGAAAGAAUGAAAAAUUCAAGACGCGCGGCCAUGGUGAUGGAGAAGAAAGAAGAGCAGGAAGAGGACCAUAGAAGGGAAGCAGUCAUAGCAUCGGCUCCGUCAUUGCAACCCAAUUUCGAGCCGAAAGGAGGCAUCACCCAAGCUCAGCUUUCCAAGUUUCAAGAAUUGCACAGGAGGCGUUUACAGAUAAAAUCAAAAACAAAGACUAAGAAGACAUCAAGAGGAAGUGGUGGCUGGAAUGGAAAAUCUCACAGCAAAGACAAUGUCCAAGAUUGUGCUGAUGAAGAUUCAACUAUAGCAAUUGAAGAGUCCAGUGUUUCCGACUCUGAAAGACACAAUGACAAAAACAGUUCCUCCUUGAAGCAGAACAAUUUAGCAACUCCUAUUGGAUCAAAGCAGCGCCAAAAGUUACACUGGGGGCUUGACACAAAGGAGAGGUGGGAAAGGAAAGCGAACAUGUAAACAUUGCCAUGGAAGUGAAUUGCAGGCAGUUGUUGCAAAAGUGCUCUGAUAUUGGUUAUGUUGCAGAUGUUUUUGCGUUUUUCUUUUUUCUUUUCCCUUUUGUAGCGCAUGUGCUUGUUGAGAGACCAUCAAUCUAGCUCAUACCAUGUAUAUUAUUGAGAGUGUCACCUUCCCCACUGACUGCCGUAUCUCGGUGUGUUGCACAUGUAGUGGUGGAAUAUUUUCUGAGCAAUAUGUGGUGGUGGAAUAUGAAAUGAUUAAUUGUGGAAGAGAGUAGGUUGAUAGAUAUUAAAAACAAAAAAGAAUGAUAGUGAUGGCACUUUCCAA